GGCCCGAGCUGGGGCGGCUGCCCUGAGCAGUCUGGCUCCGGUGCGCUGACUCCGCUGCCCGCCACGUCGCUGGGCCGGGCUGCGGGCACUUCCCCGCCGUCCCACGGCCGCCCGGCCGCCGCAGGCCUGCCGCGCCCGGAUGCGUCUGUUCCCAGAGUGGAGCAUCUGUCCAUGUCCUACAUCUGCCGCAAAGCAUGCCAUGGCCUGCGAGUGCUCCCCGAAGUUGCUCUCACCUCCUGCAAAGCCAGACCUCACCCAGAGAGCACACAGUGCCAAGCCCACAACUCUCCAAGGAAGAAAACGGCCCAGCCAGGGAGCAUGCCCUGAGCAACUCCUGACCCUUCAGCCAAGCAGCAGGGAACCAUUAGCAGCCUGAGGAUUGGCCAGCUGGGAGCCUCAGGGACCGCCCAGCCUUGCUCCUGGCUCACCCAAAAGAUGUGGACAGCCCUUGUGCUCGUUUGGAUUUCCUUCUUGUCCUUAUCUAACAGCCAAGUGCCAACUCAGGAUUCAAGGCACUUACUCCCCAACCAGACGGAUAAUCCAGCCAAGAUAAAUGCAUCUGUAAUGACAGUUAUAAGCAUCCUUAAUGGAACGUCUAAAACAGUGACCGGGGUGACACCUUCUCCUGUCACCUUGGCUGCAGGGACUCCGGAGGCCAACCCCAGCUCUCCUGUGGUCAUAGCAGGGAGAACACUCAGGACAGACACAGGGACAGAAGGUCCCCCUGACCCAGUCACCUCCAGCCUGCCCCUGCCAUCUGCCCUGACGUCAUCAGCAUGGCAGACUCUAUCCUCCAGCACUCUCAUCAGCACAUCCCCAAUGCAGGUGCCAAGAAUAGCAUCUCUGACGACACCGGCCACUAGUGCUCAGACUGCCCCUGGGAUGACACCAGGUGCCAAUGGCCUGACAGGCACACAGGGCCCUUCCGAGCACAUCCCUGGCAACUCCCCAGCCAGCCUGGCACCCUCCUUGAGUCCCCAAGCACUUAAUGAGUCCAUACAAGUCUCCAUCAUCCAGACGCCGACAGCCUGGCCUAUGGAUGGAACAGCAAGUGGGCCCGCAUCCACCCUCUUCAACACAACCUCAGACCCCACCCGCAUAUCCAUGGCUUCUGUGGCUUCUGUGUCCACCACCGCAGUGACCACCACCACGACACAAGCCCAGGAGCUGACUACCAGCACAGAGCCAGCACCUGCACCUCACACCAGCCCAACCCCCGAGGUGGAGGUCACGUCCCCCACGACACAGCCAAGCCCUGCUCCGUUGACCCGGGAUGCCACAGGACCAGGCACACCCGGGACACCAGAACAGGUGCCACCCGAAACAUCACCUGGUACUGCUUCCACCGCCCUGACACCCGGGAGUUCAGGGGGCUCUAAGAUGCCAACCACAGACUCGUGCUCGCUUAGCACCCAAGGCCAGUACCUGGUGGUCACCACCAAGCCCCUUUCCCAGUCUCUAGUAAACAGAGGCUUCCUCCUGGCACUGCUCUUGCUCGGGGUGACUCUCUUCAUCAUAAUUUUGGUUCUGUUUGCCCUACAAGCCUACGAGAGCUACAGGAAGAAGGAGUACACACAGGUAGACUAUCUAAUCAACGGGAUGUACGCAGACUCAGAACUGUGAGGAGUCUGGGAGGCUGAGCCCACCUCUCCUUCCAUUUUGCCUCUGAGACCAAACCCAGUGCUUCCAGAUUCCUUUGGUGCAAUUAGGAGCUAUGCCGGAUGCUUCAACACAUUUACAUGCUGUCAGACAAAUUCCACGAUCACUCGAGUUGCUGCUUUUUCAUAUUUAUUUUUAUAAACAGUCAUGUUCAUGGAGCAGGCAGCGAUUCCCCUGUGGGCGGGACUGGCAGGGUCCCAAGGUGGAUCCCGACCAGAAUUAAAGCAAUGACUGCUUUCCAUUCAGCCCUGUGUCUCGGCCAUUUGUGUAGGCCGAGUCCUGCCAACCCUUACGUCGUGAUGAGCCUGCCUGGGACACGCAUGAUGGGGUUCGUGUUCAUAAACACUUGCUGUAACCCCAGG